AUGGACGCCGGCUUCAUCAGACUGGCCGCGCGAGCCUACGAGUCACUUAACACGACCGACCCAAUUGGCUGGGAUGACGAUCAGAUUGCGCCCCAGCUUGACGCCAAUCUUACACUCGGCCCAGAGUACAUCGGAUGGGGUUUGUCAUUGCUGCUGCUCGGCUGGAUCCUCGCACGCACGUUGGACUAUUUUGUCGUGUUUCCGAAAGACCGCCCGCUGAUCAAGUGGAUCGUCGGCGUCGUCUGCGCUCUCGAAGUCUGCAAUGCUGCUCUCAAUUUCCAAGCACUCUACUCACAUGGCGUCAGCCAAGACAGAAGCGACAGCGCCAUUUCCACGACCAUUGUCAGCGAUGCACUCGCAUCAACCUUCACUCAGUUGAUCGCUUUUAUUGUGCAAUCGUUCUAUGCGGAGCGGAGCUACCGGAUGUGCGGCAACAAUAGGCUCAUUCCAGUCAUCAUUGGCAUCUUCAUGCUCGGCGGCUUGGCAGGCGCUAUUGGCGUCACCUACGUCGAGAUCAGAUCUAUUGAUGGAAGUUUGAUCAUGUCUUACGACCUCUUGCUCAUCGUCACCCUCAUCUGGCUCGUGUCGAGCGUCACCGCCGACAUCAUGAUCACUGCCACACUUUGCUGGGGUCUCAAGAGCGUCAAGAAAGAGCGCGGCUUCAACCCGUCUGUAGACGAGCUCGUCAAAAAUCUCAUUCGGCUCAGCUUCGAGACGGCUGCAUUGACGACGCUCUGUGCUGCUGCAGGUACUAUUACCUACGCGACGACUUAUGCGAUAUCCAACGUCUCUAUGGCCUUCACUUCCAUAUUGCCCUCCUGCUACGGUAUCACUCUUCUCUACACGCUACACGCACGUUCGACCCUGCGCGCCCGGAUGACAAGCACGUCGGUCAUGUCGCAAUCCAAAGUCAAUAGUCAGAUUGCAUCGAUGGGCUCCGUACGCUCUGCCCAUCUCGCCGUCAAUAUCCAACGGACGUCUAUGCAACGGUUCGACGACGGUCUAGAUCUCCCAGACGACGGCGAUGAUGAUUCGGUCACCGAUGCACCCAGAAAGACUGUCGGCUUUCAAACCUCUCCGGUCCUCGCAUACACGACUCGUUCCCUCUUCCUCAGACUCCGAGCCUCUGCAAGCAACAUGAAGACUUUCGCCACCCUUGCCAUCGUCUCCGCUCUCGCUUCGUCCGCCGUUGCACAGUAUGCUGCGCUCACGAGCCAGCUCAACGUUGUGGCGGCCGAUGCCCAGUCGCUGAACAAGAGCUUGGCAGCCAAGACCUUUACGUACAGCAGCGCUUACUCGGUGCACACUGCCGCGCUCAAGACGAGCAACGACAUCAAGAAUGCCACUGCUGACUGUGGCAACACUGCCUCUGUCACCUCUGCACAGGCCACCACCACCCUCAACACGCUGAACAACACGAUCCUGCCGCCUACUCUCUCGGCUCUCAAGGAGAUCAUCGCAGCCAAGAGCCAAUUCGACAGCUUCAAGCUCGGCUCGCUCGCCAAGAACGAUAUCAACACGCUCCGCAACUCGAGCGAUGCCCUGGCUGCCUGCCUCAUCAAGCUGGCACCCACCACCCAGAUCAAGAGCCAAGGUCAGGCGAUCCAGACUCGAUUGGACAGCGGCUUCCAGGCUGCCCAGAACGCAUAUGCGUCCGAGUCAUAA